AUGCCGUCGCGGAUUGAAGUCGUCCACGCCCUGACCAACUUUUCGGCAUCCGAGAUCAACACGUUGUGGACCAAUAUCAAGACGUUCGUGACGAAGAACUGGAACGUCGGGAGUGGACGCAAGUGUCCGGUGACCGGGAAGGACAUGCUGUUUAUGACUCUGGUGACUCUCAAGCACGCGGGUACAUGGGACAUUCUCUCCGCCAGCUUCGACGAGAGUGCCGCCACGUUCAGCAGCCGCAUCCACAACUUCGUUCGCGUCCUUCACCCGUACUUGGUCCGCAAGUACAUCGAUGAGCAAGGCAUGAAGUGGACGAUGCAGCAACUUGCUGUCGCUGGCCUCCAGUUCACAACCCACAAGUCGGCGCUGUAUGCAGUUGAUGUGACGUUCCAGCAGACCACUGUCCCGGCGGUGGAAUUCGGCGAAAAGAAGACGUACUUCUCCAAGAAGCACGGGCUCUAUGGGCACAAGGUUGAGGUGUCUGUUGCACCCAAUGGCUUGGCGAUCAAUAUCACGGAUUGCGCUGUGGGCAGUACAUCGGACAUCGAAAUGUUCAAGGCUAACCUGGGCUUUCACUCGGCGCAACUGGAGAAGCAACCCAACGAUACCAAUAUCAGCGACACCGAGACGCUCCGCGACAAGUUUCCGAACCAGUGGGAAGUCCUUGCGGUCAAGGGAUAUCAAGGCAUCCAAGAGUACGUCCGUGGUUUCACGCCAGUCAAGCGUCCCCCGCACGGUCAACUGACGAUGGAGCAGGAGCGGGCGAAUGCAAAGCUGUCGUCGGACCGCGUGAUUGUGGAGAACUUCUUUGGACGGCUCAAGACGCUGUGA